UCUCUCCCUCUCUUGCUCCUCAUCUCCCAGUGAGCCCUUAUUCAUUUCUGCGUAUGGGCAGCAGGGUGAACAUGGACUCGUUGGGUCUUUUUGUUCUGCUAAUACUUACGUUUUUCCACUGGACAGCUGCUUCUUCUGCCGAUAAAACCUGGAGCUAUUCUGGUCUUGUCGGCCAGUCUGAGUGGUCGGAGUAUUUCCCCGACUGUGGGGGAACUUCCCAGUCACCUGUUGAUGUGAUAACCACUCAGACCAAGUAUGACCCCAGUUUGAUUCCUGUGACCCCGCUGGGCUACAGUCAGCACACCAACCAGCCCUUUUCACUGCACAACAAUGGACACACUGUGAUCCUUGAGCUGCCAGAGUGGAUGGGGCUCGGGGGGCUGCCGUGGUUCUUUACAGCCGUUCAGCUGCACCUUCACUGGGGCAAUGGCGGUCCGGUUCUUAGGGGCAGUGAACACACCAUCAACGGAAGGAGUUCAGAAGCAGAAGUCCAUGUGGUCCAUUACAACUCUGAGCUCUACCCCAACAUGUCAGCAGCGAUGACGCAGAGAGACGGCCUGGCUGUUUUAGGAAUCCUCAUUGAGACAGGUGAAGAGACGAAUCCGGGGUUUAAUAACAUCCUUAACUACAUGAGCCGCAUCAGACAUGCAGACGAGAGGACGAUCAUCCCAGCCUUUGAUGUCCAGUCCCUUCUCCCCAAAGAUCUGGGUCGCUACUAUCGGUACAACGGCUCCCUGACCACGCCGCCCUGCCACCAGAGCGUCAUCUGGACCGUGUUUCACGAAAGGGUUCAGAUCUCAGCAGCACAGCUCCUGAAGAUGGAGACGAUACUUUACUCCAGUAAGGCUGAGGAAUCUGACAGGAUGCUGCUGCAGGACAACUUCCGGGUUACACAGCCGCUCAAUCACAGAGUCAUCUUUGCUUCCUUCUCUGCAGAAUCGGGGAGGGAGCUCUCCUCUGGCGAGGUCACGGCCAUCGUGAUAGGAGUGAUGUGUGGCUGCGUGGGCGUGGCAGUGAUCGUUCGCUUCAUCGUGAAGACCAUACGAUUUUUUAAACUCCUUCACCUCGAAACAGUCGCGGUAAACAGCUCUACCUCUAGCUGGGACGUCCUGCACAAUAACCGGCCUGCUCCAAUGCCAAGGACUAAAGAGACUGAGAAGUCACUGCAGAAAAAACCAGACCUGGCUGUGAGGAUGACCUCAGAAGCUGAGAGGAAAGAGGAGCCGUCACCGUCGCCUCAGACCGAGCCGUAGGGGUGCAUCUCAAUUUUUUUUCUUAUCAGAGGUGGUUUUUACGGAUGUAAAACUGUUUAUUGCAUCUGUCACAAAUUAAAAAAAAAAAAAAAAAACAUGUUAAAGGACUUGAGAGAGGAAUGAGACUUUAAGCACUGUGAGCUGCCAGCUGUCCUGAUCCUGAAGUGUGUAAAGUCUUUUCCCCCCAUGUUUUGCUCCAUUUUCAGACAUCUUAUGUGACCCUUUUCCACCCAAAUCCAAAUAAAAGCACCUGAUGCAAAUUGUCUUUUUGCUGGUUAAUUGUUUAGGCAUGGCCCCUGCAUGCGCUCUUCACCCGAGGGACACAUGUAGACCCGUGUUUUCUUUUUCCUCAGUUUUACGGUUAUAUUCUUCACAAUAUUUCCUAAAAACCAAGCACAGUGCACUAACUCUUUUAAGCCUAUUACAGCUAAACAGUAAUUUUAAAGAGAUAAGACAGAAAACAGACCAUGUUGAGGUAAAAACUCACGAGUGGUGACAUGUACUGUAUAUACAGACGCUGUACAAACAUUUCAGAGCGGAUUUUAAGUCUGCACACUUUGUUGUAAACGGAAGAGCUCUAUUUGUGUACAUAUGCCUUUACUCUGCCGCAGAGAGAAAUGUAAAAAGCUGCAUGUCGUCGGCACAUAUCUCAUUGAUUGUUGUUGUUGUCUAACUUUUCUGCCUGAGCACUCCAUUAAAACACUUGAACGCCAAA